AUGCCGCAUAUCGUCCAGUCGUUCAGUAUCCGAGUCCAUCUUCCCAUUUGGGCGGCCAGUUCAACUCGAAGCCCUUCUUCGGUGACGGGCAUCACCACAGGACUGGGUCCUGCUCGUGGUGUCCGCAUUACUGAUCGUCUUAACCAUCGAGUAGACCUUCGUCUACGCUGGAAGCUGGGCGUGAACUUAACAGACGGCCUGGUGCACGACGUAACUACACGCUGGCAAGUAGUACGUGCCUUCGAUCGAUUCCUCAGACCUGCAUGUGCACGAAGUUCGGUCAUAUCGCCGCCACAACCCAGUGACAGGAGUACUGAUGGGCAAAGUGAAAAACGAGUCGGGAGCGUCUUGCGUGGCAUAGUCAAACAACCAACUGAUCCUGACAAAGAGCUUCAGCUAUUGCUGAUUAAUGGUGGCGAAAUGCAGUUUAAUCUGCCAGAAACAUUAAAUGAGGAAUAUUUGGAAACAUCUGUGGCUCAACGCAUCGGAAUGGGCAAAUUGGGACACUAUGUGAUAGACACAUGUGGAUUAAAUAUCGGUGUACUCAGGGUCAUCAGAGAUACAGGUCUGUAA